GAAAAUGUGUUCGAAGCAACACGCAGCAAACGGGAGCGAGAGUGCAUUGCAAGUGCGCUGUAGUCAAGGGUGGGUAUAGAGCCGCCAUUCGCAGGGUCUCAAGUAAAACGAAAAGCCUGCGCGAAACAUUUGUCUGCAAAACGGUUCGAAACGCAAAGCGGUUGCUUCCCAGCAGUGUUCACGGUUUCGUGCCCGCAAUCGUCCGCCUGCGGGGGUCGUGCAGUUUUUUUUUUGUUGUUGGCGUGACACGAACACCGAGCCCGUCGAAAUCUGCAAACGUGUGUGCCAAAGCUUCCAUCGUCCAUAAAUUGAAAUUGAUAGUCCGGUAAAUAGCGGCAGCAGCAACAACAACACAUCUCCACAAUCAACCAUCAAAUCGAUCAAAAAACGUCAAGCGCCUGGCGUCGCGCCACCAUGUAAAGAUGUGCAUUGCCAACCGUACCAUCCCACCAAAGGCAACCAUUUGCAGCUUCGUGCAUGGUUGCUGCAUCGCUUCCAGGCACCACCUGCUCCGAUCGGUCCGAUAGAACGGACGUCCGUGCAACGCACAAACCCACGCAACGCAGCACGUAUGCAAAUAUAGUACCACGCAUCACUAACUAGCUCUACUAUCAAACGUCCAAGCGAAUCAGAAGCGAACGGAGCAAAGAUUGGGAAUGUGAUGCUGAAACGUUGAAAGAUUGUUGUUGUUAAUCCCACUAUGCUCGCCUGGGAACAAACUCGGAUGUGUCAUUGAAAAAAAAAGCAGAAGAAAAGCAAAUUCAAACGUAUUAAUAAUAAUAAUAAUAAUAAUGCAUUGCAUGUCUAGUGAUUAAUCUGAUACGAUACAAACGUGCUUCUCGUUACCCGGUGGGAAAAUUAAUCACCGCACGUCACCAGAUUUAGCACGACUGCGUGAGCACGAUUAGGUGAGCUACGAAUAGUUCGGUAACGAUCGUCGUGUAGCUCAACCAUCGGCACAGCAUUAAAACCCGUCAAAGAUGAGGCAAAUCAACGUAUCGGUCGUGGGACUGUCGGGAGUGGAGAAGGAUAAAGGACAGCUCGGUGUUGGUAAAUCCUGUCUGUGCAAUCGGUUCGUACGCCCCAAAACGGACGAUUAUGCGAUCGAUCACAUCUCGGUGCUGAGUCAGUCUGACUUUAGCGGCCGAGUGGUGAACAAUGACCAUUUCCUGUACUGGGGCGAGGUCCGCAAAACGUCCGAGGAAGGCGUGGAUUACAACUUUAGCGUGAUUGAGCAAACCGAGUUUGUGGACGACGCAACGUUCCAACCGUUUAAGGUCGGCAAGAUGGAGCCGUACAUUAAGCGGUGUGCCGCAAUCCGUAUGUCGUCGCAGGAGAAGCUAAAGUACAUCUGCAAAAAUCAGCUCGGCAUCGAGCACGAGUACGAGGAGAUAGUGCUGCCGGAGGGACGCUUCCUGGUCGAUGGGUUCGUGUGCGUGUUCGACGUCAGCGUCGUGCCGAACCGGACGGUCGAGAAGCAGGUCGAGUUCGUGACGCAGAUCAUCAACAACAUCCUGAAGGUGAAGAAACCGGUCGUACUGGUCACCACCAAGAACGAUGACGCGAACGAGCUGUACGUGCGCGAGGCGGAAAAGAUUUGCUCGCGCAAAGAGUACAAGGGCCAGAUACUGCUGAUCGAAACGUCCGCGCACGAAAGCAUCAACAUCGACCUGGCGUUCGUGGUGCUGGCGCAGAUGAUCGACAAGGCGAAGCAGAGGUCGAAGGUGCCGUCGUACACGGAGGCGGCCCGGCAGCGGAACGAUCUGCUGAACGCCAGCACCGAGUACGUGACGCGCCUGAUCCGGACCCAGAUCACCGACCAUCGGUCGAUCUGGAGCAGCUCGUCGAAGAAGCUGUCGAACCACCGGGAAUGGAUCGACUUUCUCGAGCUGUUCGGGCAGGAGGCGGGCCAGCGCAUCUUCCGGCGGCACAUCAAGAAGCUGCGGGAGGACUACCAGUCGAAGAAGCUGCAAAGCUACAUGGACUCGUUCGCGUGCGUGCUGCAGGAGAUGCUGCCGGACAUUAACAGCAUCAACCUGGAGCUGGACAACAGCUUUAACGAUUGGGCCUCGAUACGGAACUACUUUCACGAUCACAUCGACUACGAGCAGUACUUUUUCGAUGCGGUCGAGCGUGGCGGCAGCUGGGCGGAGCUGAGCGAUAUGAGCGACAUGGAGGACGAGAAUCGAAUACCGUUCGACAUACUGGAGACGCCCGAUGCGGAAACGGUGUUCAAGAAUCACAUGAACGCGCUGCAGCAGGAACAGAAGCGAUUAGAGAUGCCAAAGAGAUGGAAAAAACAGUUCAAAAAGUUGCUCGAAGAAACCGGCUACGUUACGCCGGGCAAACAGCUGUCCGAGGUGCGCGUACUGUUUAUGGGGCGCGAGUGUUUCGAAGCGCUGUCCGAGCACGACUGUCAGCAAAUCUAUGACAACCAUCAGCGGGAGCUGGUCGAGACGGCCAAGCACAACUUCCAGGAGCUGCUGAUGGAGCAUGCCGAUCUGUUUUAUCACUUCAAAAACAUCGAACCGUCCGGUACGAUCACGCAGAACGACAUCAAGGAAAUAACGGACGUGCUGCAGGAGGAUUUGCGCUACAAGCUGCUGGACCGGCUCGACCAGGACCGGAAGGUGAUGUUGUUUCAGCAUCUCGGGUUUGUGCACUGUCCGAUACGGGAGCACUGUCCCGCGUUUCCCAACUGUAUGGAUGCGUUGAUCGAGCGAAUAUUGAUCUCCAAUCAAAAUCUCCCAAAUCCGCGCUUUGCCCAGAAGGAUGGUCAGCUGCAGCUGAACCUGAUAGUGAUCGGGCUCGACUACAUUGCGAACGAUUUUAUCGACAAGAUACACCAGAACUGCAACGAUAACGGCGAGUACAUUGUGGAUGGGCAGGUGUACGGGCUCAACAUCGAGACGAUCAAUCGCGAUAACGAUUCGUUCUCGUUCGAGCUGCAGUGCAAGGGCUUGAUCUGCUGCUACUCGAACCGGCAAACGUUCCAGUACGUGUACGAGGUGCUCGACCGGUUGCUGCAGGACAAUCUCGACUUUAAGGACAGCGUAAACAAUCUGCACAUCGUGUUCAUGAGCGACGAAAAGAAUAGCCAGAACACGCUGCACCAGCUGCAAGCGGACGGGCAAUCGCUGGCGGAGAAGCUGCACUGCGUGUUUAUCGACGAGAACGAGUUUUACAUCUCGCAGCAGCAAACCAAGUUCAUCAACACGACGCUGAACAGUGUGAUCGAUUCGAUACCGUUCGAGGAUCUCAAGUACGGGCUGGCGCUGCACGAGCUGCCCGAUCUGCGCAUCAUUAUGUCCAUCUUCUGCGGCGAUCCGUUCUCGAUCGAGAACAUACUCAGCUCGAUGAUGCUGGAACAGUCGUGCAUCAGUGCCGGCGAGCGGAACAUAAUGUUCGAGAUGUUUUUGGGCGAUUCGAAGCGGCGCGUCGAGCUGAUACUGUCCUCCUACCACGGGGCGAACGCGUUCCGGGACGAUCUGAUACACGGCUUCAUACUGCUGUACUCGAGCAAGCGCAAAGCGUCCCUGUCGACGCUGAGCGCCUUCUCGCUAAACAUUCCAAACCUCCCGAUGCAGAUCGUGGCCGUGUCGGAGCAGGGCGGGGUGAAUGCGUUCUUCAACAGCGAACUGUCCCAGCUGCUCAUCACCGAGGGCAACACGAUUGCGGACAAGCUGAGGGCGCACUUCGCCACCGGUUCCGACGACGAGGGUCAGCUGAAGUUUGCCUCGUUCGCACCGUUCCUGAAGGAGGUGUGGGACAAGAAGCCGGAGAUUGAGCACGCGUUCAAUCUCGAGGAACCGCUCACGAUCGAUUCGGGCGAAGGCACGAUGGAACAUUCGAUGCACCAUCACCAUCAGCAGCAGCAGGUGCCCCAGCCACCGCCACGGUACGAAAGCUACCUCAUCAACGGUUCGGCGACCACGUACCGCGGAUCGGCCGGUGGUCAGCAGCAGCAACACCACGCGCACCAUGCGCAAUCCCAGCAGCCGCAAACACUGUCCCACCAGCAGCAGCAGCAGCAUGCGCAACAUCACCAAAAGAUAUCGCAGCAGCUGUUCGACAAUCGGUCGAUCAACUCGCUGGACGAUCUCGACAGUCUCAAGCAGCAGCAGCACCAGCAGCAGCAGCACCAGCAGCAGCAUCAGCACAACAUGUACUAUUACGAGGACAGUAGUGAUUUCGACAAGUGUGGCAGCAAUCAGGGCUUCCAGAUCUAUCCGCCACCGACGACACCGCCCGAGCCGGCACCACCAGACCAUCUGCUCAUACCGGCGUCCAUACUGCGCCAACUGAAGGCGGACACCGUUUCGCAGUCCCAGUCGAGCCUGGAGGAGAUAAAUUCUGACGUCAGCGGAUCCAAGGACUCGAUCAACACAUACGACUCAGGCUGGAUAGACGAUGGGUUUCUCAUCCAAAAGCAGGACAACAAGCAAAGUGAGGAUCUCUGGAAAAACAUGAACGCACACCACGCCUUCACCACGGGCCGCCGGCCGAACCAGUCGUCGUUCGCGAAAAAGAUACGCCCGAAAGGACCUAGUCAAACGCUGAAACAGCCCGGCAAGCUGAACCUGAAGAGUUUUGCCAUCGUUAACGAAGCGAUCGCACGGAUGAACAUUGGCGGUGGUGGGGCGGGCGGUGGCGGUGAUAGCGGUGCCUCCACCGGUAACUCCGGCCAGGGCGUACCGAUGACGGAGAGGGAGAAGAAGAAGGCGAAGAAGUUGCUGCAACAGCAGCAGGCACAGCUCGAGCAUGCACCGUUGGCCGCCCCGGAGGAUGACAGUGAGGAGUACGAGGAUGAGGCCGGGUACGAGCAGAUUAAUGAUGCGUUCAGCGAUGCGGUGAACAAUGUGGCGAGUCAAUUAUUUACCACCUUCUCGGGCGGUCCCGGCGGCAACCAGGUUGGCGGACGGUGCGGUGCAGACAGUUCGGGCGGUUCCGAAAUGGGUACGCACAAAACGAAACUGCGACAAAGAAGAGAAAAGGAGCAGAUUUUCAACAUUCAAGAAAACUCCGACUCGGAGAGUGACUCCAGCUCGCUCGAGCGAAAGCGCUCCAACGACGGCUACUCGAAGAUCAACCGCAAAGCGCAACCUCACAAACGGCAUCGCAAAAAGCGCACCGCCAUCCCGGUACAACCGCCCAAAAUUCCGCUCGGUCCGUUCGGCUCAUCGGCCGGCGAUAUGAUGGGCAGUGUCGGUGCGAGCGGUGGUUCGCUCGGCGGCAUGCCCAUCAUGUACCAGAAGCUGAAGAACGACCUGGGCAGCGGGUUGGAAAAGCAGGACAAACCGUCGCAGGAACAGGACGAGUCGAGUGUGGAUAUAUCUUCGCCACGCGAUAAUUCUCCCAUAUUUGGUGUACUACCGAAGGGAGGCGAUCGCGAAAAGCUGAUUACGAAGCAGAAAAAUUGGUUCGGCAAGGAGAUCGACACCAGCAGCAAGAGCAGCAAGGAGUCGAAGGAUGUGCGCGGCGGCAGCAAAAAUGCGAGCAAAAGCUCGAAGCAUAAUGGGGCUGCGGCUGCUGCUGCCGCCGCCGCCGCCGCUGCCGCCCUGCAACAGUCGUCGCUGGCCAGCCUGAAGCAGUCGGAUAAGGUGCCGCUCGUGCCACUGUUCGUGGAGAAGUGUGUCAAGUUUAUCGAGCAGGAAGGGCUCGACUCGGAAGGCAUCUACCGGGUGCCCGGGAACCGGACGCACGUCGAUCUGUUAAAUCAGAAGUUUGCUGAAGAAUCGGAUGUAGACAUCGAGAAGCUCGACAUACCGGUCAAUGCGGUCGCAACCGCCCUCAAGGAUUUCUUCGUGAAGCGUCUCAAGGGACUGUUUAGUGCGGAAAUGAUGAGCGAGCUGGAGGAAAUAGCUGGCUCGCGGCCCCUGCAGUCCAUCACGAGCCUGAACAUGGAAGUCAAAACGGACCGUAGCUGCCGGUUGAUUGCUUUGCGCGGGCUGCUCAACAAGCUGCCACCGAACAACUUUGCAAUACUUAGCUACAUCUUUCAGCAUUUCGUACGUGUGUCGGAAAACUCGAAACUUAACAGCAUGGAUAGUAAAAAUCUUGCCAUCUGCUGGUGGCCAACACUGUUGCCGAUCGAGUUUACCGACAUGAUGCGGUUCGAGACGAUGCGCCCGUACUUGGAGGAUAUCGUGCAAACGAUGAUUGAUCAGUAUCCGUUCCUGUUCUGCGGUGAGGAAGCGUUCGUGAUGGUCUGAUGCGAGUAAGACCGACGCGUGGUUCCUGCUGACGCGUUAGCAUUACUAAGGAAGCGCAGAUGAAAAACACACACACAACAUAUACAGUAUUCGGGAGAGUAUCCACACACGCCGUGCCAUGCACACUCUCACCUUAAUCCUGAGACAGAAUCGUAAACAUACGCUAAACACCAAUCAUUUGAAUACACUACUAGAAGCGGAAAGUAACAAAAAAGUAAAAACACGGGCAAGCAAGGACAGUAGGAGCUCGAUUCGAGCAGGCAAACAGACAGACAGCAAACUUACUCAUACUACUCUCUCAUACUCAUUGGUACCCCAAGCCCGCAUACAAUAUAUUUGAAAAAAACAUACUCGUAUCAAUGUGUAACAAUGUCUCCUGGGUGCGCCUGGUGUUAUGGAUAUACAUUUAAAAGAGAGAAAGAGAGAGAAGGAGCAUUCGAAAGGCAAAAGCAAAAAAAAACAUUGAUGUUGUAACUCAAGAAAAACCUUUCUUUCGGGUUAAAAAAGUAAGUGAUCGAAACCAGUAAGAAAAAACACCGAAACUAAACCCUCCGCCGCUUGAAACGUUGAAACACACAACAACAGAAAACAAAUGGAAAAGAAAGACGGAUGAAAAAAACAGUUCAGUUGAAUUAUGCUUUCUUUUCCAAAGCACGUACUCAUACAUAACUCACCCCGCAGAUCGUUAUUAUUGAACCAAUGAUAUAUAUAUAUUUACUGUGAAAACAAUAACCGAGGCUGAACACACAUUAUACACUACUACCUGUGAAAGGGGAUCUGUUUUUUUUAUGUUUUUAGAAGCAAAUGCAAGGAAGUACUCAAAUACCAAGAUAAAUUAAAUAAACAGGCAAACAAACACAGUCAGAGCUCAUAUUAGGUUAGUAUGGGAGAAAUGAACGGUACCGCACGCGAAACACGAUUUUAAAAGUAUUAUUUAUCCCACGAGAUUGUCUUGUUCCCCCCCCCCCUCCCGUUCUCUCUCUCUGUGUGUUGCGCUCCAACCCUUACUAUAUUGAUAUUAAUCUAUGUGAAAGCUAAACAACGUAAAAAUAGAAUAUUAUGCUAGAAAGCAGCAACAAAACAACCGAUCGUGUUAGCAAAGUGGCGAGCGUGCGUGUGUGUGUGUAUUAAGCACAGCAAAACUUAGUUAGGCGUAGGAAUAAAAAUGCACCAACCACCACAUCUCAGCUAACCUAGCGUGUGUGCAUACAUACUUAGCUCAACGGUUGAGCAAAAAGCGAAGCCAAGCUAAAAGGAAAAAGAGAACGGCGAAAUGCUUUAGACGAGUUAAAUAACAAAUUGUGACAAAGAAAAACAAACAAAUUUUUAAUCUCCCCAACCCCCACCCUUUUCGGUUUCGGUCAUGUUCUUAAUGCUUCUUUGUUUAAAGAAAUUGUAUACAAAAACUGCUGGUUGGUGUAUUAACAAAGUAUUUGCUUUACACAAAAAAAAAAACAAACAACAACACGCAAUCGAUGGGUCAAUUUGUGUAGUAAUAAUAUAACAAAAAAAAAUAUCGACACACAAUUUGCUUAAUGUUGAACUCUCACUCUCCCACGCACGCACACACGAAUACAUUCGCCGAGACGCUUUUUUUUUAGUAGUGUAGAGUACUAGCGAUUGUUGUUUUUGCUUUCUGUUUUGCAAAGUGGCGGGAAAAGAAGAAAGGAAAGAGAAAAUUUCCAACAAAAAAAAAAAACGAAAGCAUUCAUUACAUUCCCCCAUUCUUUUUAUUGACGCCUACUGUGUGUGUGUGUGUGCGUUUGUGUAAGAAAGAGAGAAAGAAGGAUAAAGCGUUAAUGGAAGAAGAAAAAAUCGCUUAAAGUAAGACAAACACACGAACAAAAACAGAAAAGUAACAGCAAAUCACACACACACACACACGCACGUAAGAACGAGAAGGUAUUUUUGUAUGUAUUUAGCAUUGUUGUAAAACUAGGUGGCCUAGAGAUAAAGGUGUUUGCCGGAUAUUGUAACACACUUUAAAGAGACGAACAGCAACAACAAAAACGCUUGAAUGAUUUCAUUAUCACACUCCAUUCGCUGCUAUGAUCUGAAAGAGGGGAAAGAAGAAGAAGUCACACACACACACGCGCAAUGUAUUAUAAAAAACACACACACACACACACUGAGAAGGAAGGAAGAAACAGCAGCACAGAAACAACAAACCUUUAAACCUUAGAUAACGAUUACAACCAAUACUAAUGGAGGAGGACGCGGCUGAGAUACACACACACAUACAUACACACACACCAGCAAACCGCCAAGCGGUUGUCGAAUGUCCUGAUUUACAAAGCAAAAAAAAAGGCAAAAGCUUAUAUCCUCCCCCCGCCCCCCAACCACUUUUUGUUAAUGACCCAGACACACAAACACCUGAAGGAUGUUCAACAUUCAAUUUAAGACACACACCCACACACACACAUUUUAAUGAAAAAGCAUUAUACCCAAGUUUGUCCGACGUCUUCUAAAACAACAAUACAACAACAUCCCUACCGAUUGAAUGAGAUGAUACAAGUUACAGUAUUUUCUACCUUUAUAAAUAAUCACUUCCUGCUCUCCGAGAAUGGCGGUCGAAAGGUUACCGAGAUCUGAAAAUGCUAGAAAGAGAAGCAAAAUGCAACAAAAAAAGAACAACAACAAAAACCAUAAGUGUAUUUACUUUUGUCCAGUUAGAAAUGAAGUGAGAGAAAAAUGGGACGAAAAAAAACGAGGGAGAGCGAGAAAAAAAAAAGCAAAAAAGGUGUAACAUGUAAGCUGAAAAACAAAUUUGCGAAUACAUACACACACACACAACUAGCAACUAUCUCUAUGUUUAUAAGGUCUAGGAGGCGCUAGGAAUGGAACGGAAUCGUAACACAAAUUUCUUCAGUGAAAUUUAACAAAAAAAACGCACUCCAAUAAUAUAACGCUCUCGCUGAUAACCCGCAGCCCCAUCCCCCCCCCCUCCCUCUCCCGCCCCUCACGCAUACAUCGUCGUUUUGUGUAUGUGUGUGUGUGUGUAUGUUUAGAGUAAUGUGUAAUUGAAAUUCCUCUCGUGUAGGAUUAUGUUCCUCCAAAACAAGGCUCCAAAACAUUUCCCGCUGCAUUUAUAUAAACGGCUUCAUGUGUGUAUGCGUGCGUGUGUGUGUGUGUGUAGUAUGCGAGAACGGGUUUUGCGAAAAAGUAAAAAAAAUAAAAACAUAGGAGCAAAAGCAUAGCUUAUCUUAACAAUUUCAAGCAAGCAAACAAACAAAUCGCAUCGCAAGUAUAACAGCAGCAACACACACACACGCACACGUACGAGAGAGAGUGGGGAAAAUCCAAUAGCGAUAGAAAAGACGCAUUUGUAUGUGUGUGUGUGUGUGUGGGUGGGUAGGAAGGGCGAACCAGAAACCAGAAAUAAUGAUGUAAACCGUUCUAUUUGCAAUUGAAAACCGACCUGUAAACAAUUAUGUGGUGAUAUAAACGUAAUUAUAAAUGGAUAUAUUAGGUAUACAACCGGCGGGAGGAUUAUAUGUUUUUGGGUUUUAAACGAACAAGAAGAGAGAAAGAGAGAGAGAGAGAGAGAGAGAGAGAGAGAGAGAGAGCUAGCGAGGUGAAAAGAAAACAAAAACGAGGCAGAAGAAGGUGCGUGUGUGUGUGUGUGUGUGGUUCGGUUCCUUCCUGUGACCGCCCUCGCCGAACGAUAAUACUCUGUAAAAGGUAAACGGAUGGAUAUAAAAAUAAGAAAGGAAGGGAAGUUAAGAAAAACAACUUGCAAACAUAAGUAAGCGUAAUGAGACAAAGAAAAGGGAAAGCUUUUUUUAGUUUUUCCUUAUUGAAGAAGAAAAAAAAACACACACACACAAAACAAAGAAACAAGAGAAGCAAAGUGGUAAAACAACAACAAAACAAAAAGGAUGAAAAGGAAACAACUUCAGUGGCGAAAUGGAUAAGAAAAGGGUGCGCAUAACGCACUACUACUACUACUCAAAAUUCAUCUCCCCUUCAUCAAAACCCUCCCGCACACAACCCCCCCCCCCCCUUUUCCGCUCC